UCAAUAGUUCGAGAUUAGUCCCAUUGUUUGUGCAGCAGUGCCAGUAUGGCAGAGGAGUUUGUGGUCCAGUUUGUCCUGGAUGAAGAUGAAGAUGACCAGAGCCAGAUGCAGCGAGCGGAGGAGGCCGUCAGGACCACGGCUAACCUCCCCACACAGGUCAUCAACGGCCCUGCGGCGCUGGAGAUCACCAAGGCUCAGAAGAACGCGCUGGUCGUGUGUGAUCCAUUCGAGGGGGAGGUGUACGAACAUUUGAAGGCAUUGAAAUGCAGAAUUGUAGGUCCCCAGUGUGUCCUGUCCUGUCUAAAGCUGGGGAAGGCCAUCCCCAAGGCUGACCACCCCAUCUACACUGUGGCUAUGAAAGAUGUGGUCAUCAGCUGUUCUAGUGUGGAGAAACAGGAGAGGGCCAUGAUCCAUGAGCUAGUCCACCUGAUGGGAGGGCGUGUUGCUAAGGACUUCACGGCCAUGGUGACCCACCUGGUGGCAGGGGAGGUGGGCUCCAAGAAGUACCACGUCGCCGUGAAGCUUGGCAAACCCAUCAUGCUCCCUGAGUGGAUAAGGGCCUGCUGGGAACGGGGUAAAACCCGCCACAUCAACGCCACAGAUGAGGAGUUUGAUCAGUACAAGUGCCGCCUGUUCCAAGGGUGUGUGGUGUGUGUGUCAGGACUGGACAGUGUGGACAGGCAGGAGAUCAGGAGUCAGGUGGAGCAGCACGGAGGGAGGUACUCCGGAGAACUCCGCAUGAAGGAGUGCACUCACCUGGUCGCCAAGGAACCAAAAGGUGCGAAGUACGAGUUUGCGCGGAAGUGGAAGCUGCACUGCGUGACGACCCGGUGGUUCUACGACAGUCUGGAGGCUGGGGCGUGUCAGGAUGAGAACCUGUACCGUCUGGACAAAACAAAAAGCACCGGGAACAACAAGACUUCUACACCAUCUCAGGAAAGGAAAGCCCCUCGAUUCAGCACCAACAGCAUCGCAGACAUCAGUACCAUAUCCACCGCCUCCAGCCGGGGGAACAUGUCUCACGUGAACGAGACAAACCUGGACGGAACGCGCCUACCUCUGGACGCAUCACGAGACUACGGCGAGACGUUGCACUACGAGCUGGACAACCUGGACAUCUCCAACAUCGGUGCCGACACGUUCUUAGACGGCUUCACCAUUUACCUGAGCGGCUUCACCGGGACCAGGCUGGAGAAACUCAGGAGGAUCGUCAACGCAGGCGGCGGCAUGAGACUCAACCAGCUCAACGAGAAAGUGUCGCACGUGGUCAUGAGCGGUCCAGACGAACAUCUCGCGCAGAAGCUGACUGCGGAAAACCUGCGACCCCACGUGGUGUCCGCCAUGUGGCUGGUGGAGUGUGUUAAGGAGGGCAGGCAGGUGUCAGAGGAGACCUUCUACUGCUUGGAGCUCCCACCGUUGGACCCAACCUCUCCUGUGCAACCCAAGAUAGUGAAGAAGUCUGUACCAGACCAACCCCCUCCUCCUCAACCUGAAGAUGAGGAUGCAACACAGAUGGAAGAGGAAGAACCAGCGGAUGAUGACAUCAUGAGUCAAUAUCUGGCAGAGGCAGAGGAAGACGAAGAAGAUACCACAACUAUAGAAGUACCACAGGAGAGGCAAGAGCCAACAGAAGAGGAGGAUGAUGAGGUGGUCCUGAUGAUGCCACAGGAGAAGAACAAGCCUGAGGAGCAGGAGGAGGACGAAGAGGUGGUGCUGAUGAUGCCACAAGAGAAGAACCAACCUGAGGAGCAAGAGGAGGAGGAUGGCGAUGUUACCAUGGCAAUGGAUGAAGAUGAGGCAGAGAUGGAGACAGGAGGAGGAGGAGUGUUUGAGGGGAAACUCUUCUCCUUCUACUCCUUCACAGAGGGGCAGACGGCCACCCUGGCAGACUUUGUGGGACAGAAUGGGGGCUCUGUAGUGAAGUCCGGUUCCAGAUCCGUGCCUAACUACGCUGUGGUGCCGCUCCUGGGGUUCCCUGAGGGGAUCUCAGCAGAGGAGAUCGUGACGGACUGCUGGCUGAACAUGUGUCUGGAACAGGAGACCCUGCUCAGGCCGGAACAUAACCCCUUAUUCACACCCCUCACAUUCAAGCCUGAUGCCAUGCCUCUGGUGGGCUGUGUCCUCUCUCUCAGUCAGUACACAGGAGUUGAGAGGGAAUUCCUGACUGGGUUAGCAGAGGAGCUUGGGGCUUGCUGUCAGGAGUUCUUUGUGCGGAAGGCCCAGCCCAGUAAGAACCUCCAGGCCAGCACUCACCUGAUCUGUAAAACACCUGAGGGAUCAAAAUAUCAGGCAGCAAAGAAGUGGAAGUUGCCCGCCGUGACGUCCCACUGGAUAUUUGAGUGUGGGAGGAGUGGGAAAAAGAUCCCAGAGGAACGGUUCCUCGUUAGUAAUGUACCACAGCAGCAGGAACCACAGGAGCCUAAAGCAGACAAACCAGCAAAAACAUCAAAUGCACCAAACCAUGAAUCCAAACCCAAGGAAGCGAGAUUAAGUGUGACACCAUCCGAGGCCCCUGGACCGAGUAAAGACAGCCCAGGUAACAAGGAAAACAGACAAGAAGACAGAAGAACGUCUACUCUACCCAAACAGCAAACCUCUCUGCCUUCCACUUCAACAAAAGAAGAAAUAAUCUCUCCAAUAAAAAAGGAGGAUAGGACUUGCAAUACAAACACUACUGCUCAAAAGGUAUCUGAACCACCACGUUCUAAAGAGCAAAAUGAUAGAAAAGAGACCAGUAAACCAUCAGUGAUACCAAAGAACAAGAUGCCCGUCUUGAACAAAGAGCCUCUUGCAGCUAAGAACAAAACUCCAGUCCUGAGCAAAGAGCAGCUGUCAGUGAAGAAGAACAAGAGACUGACUGAACUGCAGAAGACGCAGGUGAAGUUGGACACGCCCAGUAAGUUCCUGAGUAAAGGUGUGGUGUUCAAGCCUUCGUUUGACAUGCAGGAUGCCAUGGACGCCCUCCAGUCACCCACUGUGGUGGGCAGUCAGGGACAGAGGAAGAGGGCCAGGAGGUCCAGUGUGCCCCUAGAUGCCCUGCUACAGCAGAACCUGGAGAAGGCCCUGUCCAACUUCAGUAAGGAGGGGAACCAGCCGGCCCUGGGGAUGCCACAAGGAGGACAGGAAGAAGAGGAAGAUGAAGAAGAAGAGGAGGUUUUUACUAAGGAGCCCUCCCCUCCCAGACCACUGUCCGGUGUGGUGAUCUAUGUGAGUAAGAAGCUGAGUAAGCAGCAGAGUGACUAUAACGACCUGGCCAACUCCCUGGGGGCUGACUACAGGUGGACGUAUGACGAGAGUGUCACGCACUUCAUCUUCCAGGGUCGAGCCAACGACACUACCAAGGAGUUCCGCACGGCGCGGUCGCAGGGGAAGACGAUCGUGUCUCCCCAUUGGCUGCAGGUGUGCGAGGAGCAGGGAGCCAGAGUGGACGAGACGCUGUUUCCUCACACCUACAACCCCAAACUCAGUCUGUCCCAGGCAGUGGUGUCUAAGACCCCAGCUCGGUCGACCCGCAGCUCCUCCCGUAGGAAGGACUCUGAGCAGCAGGACAAGCAAGACAGUACAGAGGGGGAGGAGGAGAGGGAACAGGAGGACCAGGGGCAGGACAGGACUCACAUAGAACAGGAGGGAGGGACUCUGGAGAUGAGGGAAGAUUUCCAGCGCCAGUUCGAAGAGAUCAUGUCUGCCACGCGGGUGACCCGCAGUAGCCGGCGGAGAACCAAACGUCUCAACGACUCCACGGGAACGCCCUCCGCAUCAGACGACAGCGCCAAGCGCUUCUCCACACGCAGCAGGACGCGGGCACCAUCACAGACUUCCAAGGGCGACGGCAAGGACAAACUGGCGGGUCAAGAACAGACUAAGAGUGCUGCAAAGUGUCCCGAGAACUUCACAGAAGCGUCCCAGAGUAUCCAGAUCAGCUGGGACGACCCCACGGGCCGGCUGGAGAGGGAACGCAUCGCAGAGCAGCUACGCUAUCGGGCCAGCCCCACACAGGAGCUGGAGGAACUCUCACAAGACGGACAGGACUUCCUCACCAGAAUGUCAGGGGAGACAGCCAAUCAGGACCAAGGACCAGGUCAGCUGAGACACCCGUCGGCCAAUAACAGAGCAGCAUCGACCUCACCCAAUCAGGGAGCAGACAGAAGUUUUGGAGAGGACGAGCCCACACCGACCCCAGAGGGCCCCUCCAUUGCGUUCCCCAUCGCGAGGCCGGCAGUACCACACCCGCCAACCGUUGCUAGGGCACAGGGUGAGGAGGAGGAGGAGGUGCAAAAACAGGUUUACGUCUUCCAGAUGUCAGGGAUGACCCCACAGGAGAAGAUGGACUACAGCGGCCUGAUCGAGGAACUGGGAGGCGAGGUCGUCGACAAGCAGACGUUCGACGGGCGGUGCACCCACAUCGUGGUGGGGAACCCUAACAGGAACGAGAAGUACCUGUCUGCCCUGGCCACGGGGCGCUGGAUCCUACACAGGUCCUACAUGGAGGCCUGCAGGGAGGCAAAGGCUUUUGUAGAGGAGGAUCCCCACGAGUGGGGCACUGCCACAGACGUCAGCGGCAUGCCCGAGAACGUGGCACGGCUGGCCCUGGCGGCGCGACGCUGGCGACAAAAGCUCGCCGACGUGCGCGCCAGGAACAACAACCCCGACAUCAACGCCUUCCAGAGCUGGGCCGUGCUCCUGCACGUGGACCAGGGUCGAACCUCCGGCUUCAAGCGUCUCCUCGAGUCCGGCGGGGCCACGGUGCUCAGCACGCGUCCUCCGCACGCCAACUUCUCCGAGGCCACGCACGCCUUCGUCGACUUGAAGGGCAAGGGCGUGGACCAGUCCCUGGACGUCCAGGCUCUGGUGGAGGCCGGGGUGUGGUGCCUGAAGUCGGAGUACAUCGCAGAUUACCUCAUGCAGGAUCCCAUCCCCAAACCACAGAACUUUGUCAUCAGUGAGGCCGUACCCUACAUGACAGCCCGGGAGGAGGCAUCAGGGGGUGAGACUCCCAGGAAGAGGAAGGCCAGUUCUGUGAGCGGGAUGGACGGAAAGCGAAGCAAAAGGCUGUAAUUCAAAGAUUACUGUAAGGAGAGUAGACAUGGCAACAAGAAUGUUGAUGUUGUAUGUGUUGCAUUUGAGACCAAAAGACUUCAACAAAAUACUGUAACUCAAUUGAAUAUAGCCAUGAAGAGAGUACAUAUUUUGUAAGAGUAAAAUCUGGUUGGGGUAUGAAUUUUAUUUCAUUUCACUUAACCUGGAUUUUAAUUAUGGCCAGUAGUGUUGCUUUUUGCUUCAUGUAGUGUUAGCCUCUCACUAUUCUUGUUCAAUACAUAGAUAGAAUGUAAUAUUUUACUAUAUAGAAAAACUUCAUAGAGAUUUGAUACUAUGUACAAAUGGUAAUCAUUUUAUGAAAUUAGUUUGAUUUGAGGGGACCAAACACGGAAUAAAUGUGUGUGUGCUAUAUUGUAGUUUUUAUCUAAUAGAAAAAUUUUUUGGGAUGGACAAGGAAUGAUCAGUUGGGUGGAAAGAUAUUCGUGCAAAUCUCUCAAAAUGUUCACAAUUGGUUAAAAUUGUCCUCAAAAUUUGUGCAAAUUGUUUCACUGUUUUGUCCUUUAAUACAUUUGUUUCUGUAAACAUUCUGUCAUCUGCCACAUUACCGCUUUCUGUCAGUCUUCUCUGUCAUGAUCGUUCUUUGUCCUUCCCAAGAUAUUCGAAUUUCUAAAUAUAUGCCUUUCAAAGUUUUCUACAUAUUGAGACCAUUGUAGAAUUUUAAAAACAUUGCUUAUAAAUAAAGUCUGAAAUUCAAAUUUUCCU